UGUUCAUUGUGUCGCAUCGAAUUUUGCAAGUGUUCGAAUGGAGCGCAUCAUGAGUUCCUUGUGUUUUUUUUUGGACAUUGGGUAGACGGUUGUUCUGCGGAAGCGGUAAUUUGUGCAGACCGCACUUUCCGCACGCAAGACGACAAUUCCUCUAAACAGUUCCAUGGACUCGUCUCACAUUCAUCAUCUGAUCCUAGCCCUGCCCUCGACUCUGUAUCCAUGGUUGGUUCUCCUCAUGAUGCAAAGCCACGCCUCAUCCAGAGCCACAGACCCUACACUACACUAUGCACACUCCGAUUCUCUCCAUCUUCCGCACCUUGUGCGCUUGAAGUUUCUACUGUUAUAUUUCUCAUACAUCAACUAGCCCCAGCGUAUGAUCUCAUUGGCAGCCAAUGCUUCUGGUUUGCAGACACUGUGUGGAGGAGUCUGAAAGCACUUUUCCCCAUCAAUCAAGAACUCUGU